AUUAACUUGAAUCAUCCCCAAAAUGAAAGAGUUUAAAAAAUCACAAAAAGUUUGAUAAUGAUUGAAAUAAAAAGUAUCCCAAGAAAAAGUUGAUAGAUAUGAUCACCGAAGAUAAUCAUCGGUCAUGGGCUUAUAUAUGUCAUGAUAUCUUGGAUUCCAUCUACACGAGACUCUCGUCCCAUGUCGAUGGUACCCACUUUGGAGGCGUUUGCAAGAGCUGGCAUCAAGUCCACUCACGCAUCACACUUUCCAAUCCUCUGCCUGUGGAGAUCGACCAUAUAAAAUUCUCUAGCUCCGACAUCGUCCAAGUGCAGGAGGACAACCGACUUUUCAUCCAACCACGCCGUGAAUCUCAAAUCCCAGAUAUGCUUGUAGGUGCCCACAUAGAAAUCCUCGGGAGGGUGGGGGCAUGGUUUUUUGUAGAAGUACGUGGUAUUUUCUUGGGCUUUUACAAUCCUCUACUCCGAGUUACUGUUAACUACAUUGCUCUUCCUCGCCCGAAUUUGCACUUUUCUAACUAUCGUCGUAAUCGGGCACCAAUCUCGAUCAACGUCGCUUUCUCCGGACUACCCACUGCUCGUGGCUCGAUGGUCCUCAUGGUCUAUGGUGAUCGAUAUUUUAGCAUGCUUCGUAUUGAUGAUGACUGGAUGUGGAAAACUUAUGAUUUCUCCUUGGGACGGAAAAAGGGACAAAUUUGUCUUGGCGUGGGCUACAAAAAGGAGUGGUUCUUAUGCUUAUUUGAAAUGGGGGAUAUGUUGAUCAUCAACACGGACCAUAGUGAGAUUAGGAUGUUGCUGGCGUCGACUAAGCCUGUGCUUCCGGAGCAACUCCAACGGUGGGAGAGAUUGUGCGUUUUGGCGGUGGUGGGUAAAACGACGACAAUGACUAAUGAUGAAUAUCAUAAGGUAGGAGAGAGUACAGAGUCUAUGGUGGUCAGUCAUUGGGAGCGAUAUCGUGAGGCGAGUGACAAGAAUAGCUUCCGGCUAGUAGCGGUGGAGGAAAAUUCUAUGAGAAUGACAGAUUCAUUAUUCGAGAAUGAUGGCGAUUUGGAAAUGGUUUCAUUGGAGGAUGGGGACAACAGUAAGGGGAUGAUUUUAGUGAAACAUAAAUUGCACUUGAAGAGGAAUUUCGACGAAUUUUAUGUUUCCGCAUUGUCCAUUGUUGUUCCACUAGUUCUAUCUUUAAUUGUGGCUUGGAUUACUAAUUUAAUUUGAUCCGCGGUUUGAUCUAUAAAUAGGACAAAGCACGCAGAAUUACGAAACGGGAACAAAUAACAUGCCUUAUAUAAUGAUCACUGUUCCAUUGUUUGCUUAUACGAUUGUUGCUUUAUGCAUGUCACAAUACAUAUUUGAUCUUCUUUGUUCAUCCUCAUACAUAGCCUUGGAUUUAGUUGUAAUUAAGACAAGGAUACUAUUGCACUCUGUUAUAUUUUCUUACAACGUCAUUCAACUUGGACAUGAGACCCUAUAAUACUACAAGCGUGGGAACGAUUUUGUGAACAUAUCUCCUAAUUGAUUUGAAGAAGAAUUUAACAUGUAUUACUUUUAUAUUAUCUGGUGUUGCAAUUUGCAAUUUCUAUAUAUGUAGUAGCUCAUAAUUAAUUGGGUUAUCAAUUAACUUAAUGGUAGAAAGACUAUCACAAUGUACAACAUUAGAAGUGGAGAGAAAGUAAUGUCUAAAUUACAAUAGACAUUAAAUUUCUAA